ACUCUUUAAAUCUAUCGGUCAUUAUUACGCGUAUACAGGACGGAUACAAUCCUAAAUCACCAUCGAUAUCUUCAAGGCCUUUCUCGCAUCCCUUUACUCUCAAAAAUCUUUUAGAACCACCGAGCCCCGCCGCCAUUUCUACAGCCGCCGGUGCCGCUGGUAAGCGUUAAUGUUAUCGUAAACGCUCACAUGGGAAGGAACUACUGGAUGGAUAGAAGCUUUUAGGUUUCGUUUGCUAAUUCCCUCUUUUUUGUCAUAUUCUUCGAUUUCUAGGGUUUCGUAAUUGAUCAAAAUCUGCCAAACUUUUGGUACUUGAUUCGAUUAUACAUUGAUUUUUAUUUUCUUGUUUUCUCGUAUUCCGAUCUGUGCCUGUUGACCUCGAAUUACGUAUAGUUCCGCCUUCGCACAAAAAAGUAAAAAGAUUGAGAAUUUUUUAAAUUUCUAGGGUUAGGGUUUUAGAGAGGUAAAAUUUUGUUUUCUUUUAUAUAUGAACAAGUAUAUGGCGGCAGGAAGACAUGGAGGAUACCGUGAUAACGAAUUUAGGGAGCGUGAAUCUGAUAUCGAUGUGUCUAAGCGGGAACUUUCUUAUUCUAAAGGGGACUACGACCGUGUAAGGAAUGGUAGUAACCAGGGUUAUGAGAGGGGUAAGAAUCUGGUCCGCCAUAGUAGAGGCGGUGGUAGGGCUAAAGAAAGGGAGUCGGUGAAUGGCGGUGGUGGUGGUUAUCGGAGUUAUUCAGGAGGAAGUGGCGAUGGUGGAGGUUCAAGGCAUGGUGAUUAUGGCCUCAGAGUUGGGGAUCGUGAACCUGGGGAGUUAUCUAGUGAGAGUGGUUCUGACGAAGGUGUUGAUUUGGAAAUCAAUGGUAAGAACAGUGAUGAUUCUAAAAUGGAGAAUAAUUCCCAAUCUUCUUUGUAUAGCAAGAAGAGAAAGUUCUCACCAAUUGUUUGGGACAGAGAUGAUAAGGAAGCUAAUACUACCCUUACCCUCCCUCCUCCACCUCCAGUUCCUAAAUCACACCAUAGAUCACCUAACUUUGUUCCUCCAGAUGUACAAAAUGCAGAAAGUAACAAGCUUCAGAGUCCACAUCAGUCUCCAGGUAAUACUCCAGUUGAUAUUGGGAAGCAAAAGCAUGAUUCUUCUGGAUUUGAACCCCGUGUUGGUCUAUCUUCUUCCCCUGUCCAGGAAGAUCAUGUAGGCUUAUCUUCUUCUCCUCCCCAGGAAGACAUUAUUGGGAAUGCAGGUCAACCAGAUGAUGAAGAGUACAUGCCUGCACGUACUAUAAGAUCCUCUCGAUGGGCAAAUGAUGCCAAUUCUCCAGCUGAUGAAGGUCAACUUUCUGAUGCAUCUGUUGAAGUUAGAUCACAAAAGCAGUCAUCAAGUCCAGAGGCUGGGGAGCAUCAUAGAGAAGCUUCAUUGGAGUCAAAUGAAGAUAGAGAAGGUUACAAUGUUGGAUCUUUAAGUGUGGAUGGUGAUUACGAUUAUCCUGACAAUGAUUUGGAAAGGAAGGACUACAUGGAGAUAGAUGAUGAUAUCAAGAAAGAUGGUGUUAGUCUAAGCCAAUCAGAAUCAGAAUCUGAUUCAGAGAGUGAAGAUAAUACACCACCAGCUCCUCAAAGAAGUGUGAAUAUGCUGCAAGGAUGUAGAAGUGUCGAUGAGUUUGAGAGAUUAAACAAAAUAGAUGAAGGAACUUACGGGGUUGUGUACAGAGCCAAAGAUAAAAAAACAGGAGAAGUAGUCGCAUUAAAGAAAGUCAAAAUGGAGAAAGAAAGAGAAGGGUUUCCUUUGACUUCUCUAAGGGAAAUAAACAUUCUUCUUUCAUUCCAUCAUCCUUCAAUUGUGGAUGUGAAGGAGGUGGUUGUUGGGAGCAAUCUUGACAGCAUUUUCAUGGUUAUGGAAUACAUGGAGCAUGAUCUGAAGGCAUUGAUGGAGACAAUGAAACAGCCUUUUAGCCAGAGUGAAGUUAAAUGCCUUAUGCUUCAGUUAUUGGAAGGAACACAAUACCUUCAUGAUAAUUGGGUUCUUCAUCGUGAUUUAAAGACUUCAAAUUUACUUUUGAAUAAUCGAGGUGAGUUGAAGAUUUGUGACUUUGGAUUGGCUCGACAAUAUGGGAGUCCUUUAAAACCCUACACUCAUUUGGUGGUGACUCUUUGGUACAGGGCACCAGAACUUCUUUUGGGAAUAAAAGAAUAUUCUACAGCUAUUGACAUGUGGUCUUUGGGUUGCAUCAUGGCUGAACUCUUAUCCAAACAACCGUUAUUCAAUGGGAAAACAGAGUUUGACCAGCUUGACAAGAUAUUCAAAAUACUUGGGACACCAAAUGAGACAAUAUGGCCCGGUUUCUCUAAGCUUCCAGGGGUGAAGGUGAACUUUGUGAAGCAUCAGUAUAAUUUAUUAAGGAGAAAAUUCCCAGCAACAUCUUUCACUGGAUCCCCUGUCCUUUCUGAUGCUGGCUUUGAUUUGUUGAAUAAACUUCUUACUUAUGACCCUGACAAGAGGAUAACAGCUGAAGCAGCUUUAAACCAUGAAUGGUUUCGGGAAGUUCCUCUUCCAAAGUCUAAGGAUUUUAUGCCAACUUUUCCAGCUCAGCAUGCACAGGACAGGCGUGCGCGGAGGGUAAUGAAGAGUCCAGAUCCCUUAGAGGAGCAGCGUCGGAAGGAGCUUCAACAAGCUAAAUUUGGUACAGGUGGUUUGUUUGGCUGAUAAGGGUAAAUUGGACAUUUUAGAGCCCAUGAACAUGACAUGACACCCAAUUGGGUUUAAGAUAUAUUAUUAUUAUUAUCAUCCAUCAUGCUAUGAUGUUUUUUUUUUUUUUUUAAAAUACACAUCAUUUGGGUGAAUGCAUAGCUUAGAGGUUGACUUCUUUAUUAUGCAAGUUUGACUUUUUAGUGGAAGGUUCUGUUUUGUGUUCUGUAUGUAACAUAUAUUUUAAGUUGUAAACAAUAACAGUUUAAUACACUACCAUAUAGUAGGGGAAUUAUUAUGGGUUUA